AUGUCACAGCCAAUAAAAAGCCCGUUUGAUGUCGAUGAGUACGAUUCGGAUAAUUCUCAUGAUGCAACCGAUAACUAUGAAAUGAGUGGGUGGUCCCAUACUAACAGAAGAAGACCUCCUCCUGCAACUUCAAUAUCGCCCAUGUCCCAAAAUAGGAGUAAGGCACACUCGACUAUCAGGCAAGAUGCCCUUUUAAGUCCUCCUGGUGCAACAAGAAGAGCUCCGGGCACAUCCCGGCCUUUUAGCGGGAGUAAUGUCGUGAAUUCAAGUUACGAGUAUGAUCUCGGAGAAUAUUUCAACGGGGGAAGCGAUAAUGAGGAAGAGGAAAAGGGGACUUACGACUCGAAAAGUUUCUUGGAUGAAAAUUAUUUGGGCAGCAAUCGGUCGAAAAGCGCGUCGAUGAGCCAGAUAUCGGCGCAGUCGUCGGCGCUGCCCCUCCAGCAGGGCGGUCGGGAGUCUUUCCCCUUUCAGCAGUUUGUGCGAGAUGCGGACGAGCCUGAGAUAUUCGGCCAGGAGGGAUUUGUGGCUGAGGAGAAGCGCCAGCUGGGGCAGCGCCAAGGCGGUGCGGCCGUGCAGCCGGCAUAUGGGUCGGACCCCGGUUUCGAACCCAGGGGUGCACCGGGUGGUGCGCCCGGGGGUGCGCCUGGUGUGCCAAGCGCGCAGGGCAGUUAUUUGGGCAGUGCGGUGGCGUAUGCCCAAACAGGAAAUAACGCCGCCCUGCCCAACGUGGCCGGUGCAGAGCAGGUGAAGCUUCUAAACGGUGCCUACUACAGUUUUGACUACCCGGUACCCGGCCCGCUACUCGGGAAGAUCCCGUUCCCCGGAGCACGUGACUUGGCAGAGUUCAAAUAUGUUAGAUACCAUGCAGUGACUGCAGAUCCGAAGGAUUACAAGCCGGAGAACGCCGAGGCCUGCAGGUAUAUUGAGAAUUUCCCGCUCAGAAGCAAGUGGUAUGCGGUUCCCAGGGAGACAGAGCUCAUGAUUGUGUGCACGAUGUACAAUGAGGACGAGGUGCUCUUGGCCCGGACCUUGAAAGGUGUGUUUAAGAAUAUCAAGAAGAUGUACAGGGGGGAGGAACCGUUUGGCAAGGACUGCUGGAAGAAAAUCGUGGUUGUUGUGGUUGCAGACGGCCGUAACAAGCUCAACGAGCGGGCCAAGGCGCUCCUCACGUUGCUUGGGUGCUACCAGGAGGGAGUUAUCCAGGAGAAGGUGAACGGGAAAGAUGUCAAAGCGCAUUUGUUCGAGUAUACGACGAGUUUUGGCAUUGGCAAGUUCGAAUAUGGCAGUAGCAGGUCUGCUGAUGGCAAAACACAGGCGCAGAGCACACAGAAGAGCACUGGAAGUUCGUAUUUCAGCUCGUCGUGCCCAAAAAUCCCGCUUGUUACCGAGCAGACGAUCCCAGUGCAGCUGAUGUUUCUCCUAAAAGAGCACAAUGCACAGAAAAUCAACUCCCACCGCUGGGCCUUCAACUUCUUGUGCCCGAACUUGCGCCCCAAGAUCGUCUGCCUCGUGGAUGUGGGCACGGAGCCCGGGCCAGAGUCCAUAUUCAAGCUUUGGGAGGCCUUUAAGGACCCCAAAGUGGCCGGUGCAUGCGGCGAAAUCCGGGCCAUGCUUGGGAAACACGCCAGUGCGAACGAUGAAACGUCUUUUUUCGGCAAGGGCUGGCGUUGGGUGUGGACAAAGUGCUGCGAUACGGCAGCGUGCAUCGCCAAUCCGCUAGUUGCGGCGCAGAAUUUCGAAUAUAAGAUGUCGAACAUCCUCGACAAGCCCACAGAGUCGUUUUUCGGGUUUGUUUCCGUCUUGCCGGGUGCUUUCAGCGCGUACCGGUACUCGGCCUUGCAGGGAGACCCUCUCCAGGCGUACUUCCACGGUGAGGACAUGAAAACAAACACGGACAAGCCCGCAGGCGUGCUUGAAUCCAACAUGUACCUUGCGGAAGAUCGUAUUUUGUGCUACCAGUUGGUUUCGAAACCCGCAAGCUCCUGCCUCUUGCGGUAUGUCCACGACUCGUACGCGGUUACGGAUGUUCCCGGCUCAAUCAGCGAGUUCAUGGGCCAGAGAAGGCGCUGGUUGAACGGCUCGUUUUUCGCUGCUUUGUACUCGUUGAUCCACUUUUACAGGAUCUUCCACUCGGGCCACACGUUCGGCCGCAAGCUUCUUCUCAUCAUUGAGACCGUCUACCAGUUUCUCAGCAUCGUUCUCUCGUGGUUCUCCUUGGCUACGUACUUCCUCAUCUUCAGGAUAUUGACACUCCAGGUGCUCGGCACGUCGAUCGGCUGGAAGGCCGGAAAUGUGCUUGCCGUCGCGUUUCUCUGGAUUUACAUCGUUGCCUCGGGCUUGACCUUCAUCAUCUCGUUUGGCAACAAGCCAAAGGAAAGCCGCCACCUCUACCAGCUUGUAUUUUUCCUCUACUCGCUCAUUGCCAUCUACAUGAUGUUUUGCGUGGUUGUUUUGACUAUCAGUUCGAUCCUCGGCAUCGAAAGCGACAUCAAGAACUCCGCCGACCCGACCAACCCGCUCACAUACUUGAAAAAUGCCACUUUCAGGGACCUCACCGUCUCGUUGGCCUCAACUUACGCACUCUACCUUCUCUCCUCGCUCCUAUUCUUUGACAUGUUCCAUCUCUUUGCCUGCAUCCUCCAGUACCUACUUCUCAACCCGGCCUACAUCAACGUCUUGACCAUAUACGCCUUCUGCAACAUCGACGACAUCUCCUGGGGUACCAAGGGUGCCAACAAGCCCGAAGGUGGGUCUUCCGAGCCCAAGAAGGUGGCCAAUGUCGCGAAGCAGAAGACUGGAGGCUCUGCAGCGGCCGAUGAGCAUGUUCUCCUUCUUUCGGAGGCACUCAAGGACCCAGAUGAGAUGUAUCGGGAGGCACAAAGCGAGCUGGAGUCCUCAGAUGAUGGCGGCCACCACCAAUCCGAUUCCAGCAUCAAGAUUUCCAGGAAGAACUACGCCAAAGGCCGCACUUACACGGUUCUUCUCUGGCUUCUGUCCAACUUCGUGCUCCUAGUUGUUGUGCUCCGAACUGGCGGCUUGGAUGACUUCAUCAGCAUCCAAAAGGAGGGCUAUCAGUCAAACAACUCGGGCACCACCACUACUGUUUCCUCACGAUUGCUUAAACGGCAGUACGAUCAGGAGAGUGCAACCAUCUUCAUGACUGUCAUUUUGUGGAUUGUUGCUGGAAUGGCCUUGUACAGAUUCAUCAGUUGCAUCUGUUACCGCAUCGACUUUUUUGCCAGGAGACGCCGGUACCACCGAAGCCAGGUGUAUUAUUGA